UAUCAACGCGCGAUGUCCGAGAUUUGGGCACAGCCAUUGGCCGGAGGCCCGUAAACAAGGAAACCGGAGGACGGAAGAAUCAGAUCUAUACUAAAAACAGAAAUUAAUAAAAAAAUAACUGGCCACUGCAUAAAACUACAUUUCAACAUCGUUUAUUUAUAUAAGUACUCCAAGCAUUACGAUUCGUGUGACUGUCUGGGGAGCAGAGGAGCGUCUGGAAGAAGCAGGCAGGACCCUCUGAGUGGAGCUAACAAGGCCAAGUGCAGAUGAACCUUCAUCUCACAGCCUCCUGAGGUCACCACCAACUCCAGGCCUUGCCCUUUGCCGCCCCCAAAACCCAGCCACCAGACACCAGUGCAGGAUGUCGCCCCUGGGUAGCAGGGGUGCCCAGCUGACCGCUCUGGUUGGGACCCUCUGCUGCAUGGUGGCGCCCCCUACAGUUCACUCCUCCAUCUACGCUCACGAUGGCAACAGCACCUCCAUGGUGUUUGAGGACCAGCCCUCUUUCUUUGGAGGCCGUCUGCCCAAAGACGGCUUGAUGGGGAUUUUGGUGGAGUCCCGCCCCCUCAAUGCCUGCGUCCCCAUCGACCCGCCCCCGCGCGCCUUCGACAGGAACGCCACGAAGUACAUCGUCAUCAUCAGGCGCUUUGACUGCAAUUUCGACGUUAAGGUUCUGCAUGCCGAGCAGGCCGGCUACAGCGCCGCCAUUGUGUACAACGUGCACUCGGACUCCUUGCUCAACAUGGCCUCCGACAACGAUACCAUCUCAGGGCAGAUCGAGAUUCCCUCCGUGUUCACAAGCCACACCGCUUUCCUGUCCCUAAAGGAGUACAUUAUUCCUGAGGCUGGGUCCUAUGUGAUCCUGUGGCCCGAGUUCACCUUCCCUCUCAUCUACUACCUCAUCCCCUUCACUGGAGUCAUGGGAAUGAUCAUCCUCAUCAUGGUCACCAUCUUGGUCGUACGCUGCGUGCAGCACAGGAAACGGGCCAGGAGGAACCGGCUGACCAAGGAACAGCUGAAGAAGAUCCCCGUCCAUAAGUUCAAGAAGGGUGACGAGUAUGACAUGUGCGCCAUUUGCCUGGACGAGUACGAGGACGGGGACAAGCUAAGGAUCUUGCCCUGCUCCCAUGCCUAUCACUGCAGGUGUGUGGAUCCCUGGCUGACCCAGACCAAGAAGACCUGUCCCGUGUGCAAGCAACGCGUCAUCCAGCCAGACACGGAGUCCGAGGAGGAGGACGAGGAGGAGGAGGGCAGGGGGGCCAGGGAGGAGGCCGACACGGAGCGCACGCCCCUGCUGCGGCCCUCCCGGCCCGGCUCGCCCUCCUCCAGCGACGGCCCGGGGGUGUACUCCUCCACCGCGGAGUGCUCAGGGCCCGGGCUCUGCUCCGACUCACCCCUGCUCGCCCACGAGGGGUACUACUCUCCGGAGGAGGGGGACUCUGAUGACGAGGAGGAGGAGGAAGAUGAGGCCAGUCUCAGCGAGGGGGAGACCGCCCGCCUCCUCGGCAGGGGGGAGGUGCAGCUGUGAGAGAAAAUGCAGCAAUGUUUGUCUUUCCUCUCUUUUGGCCUUUUGUCCUUGUUAUUUUUGUCCCAGUCAAAGGAGACGAGGUUUUCAUCACCACUGCGCGCCCCCCCCCCCGACCUGUCUGUACUCGUACCCGUCUGCUGGGUACGUUUUUCCCACGACGCUGAUGAGUAACAUCCCUUAACAGUAAUCACUGCCCAUAGACGGGGGCAGGUGCUGCACAAACCCUGAAAUAUAAUGUUGCAGGCGUCCAUUUUUUUUUUUAAAGGUAUUAAUUAACAAGCUGGUUACAUUUAUCUUCUGGUUUAAUAUUGAGAUUUUCGUACAAAUUUUGGUGUUUAGCAUUUUUCCCCUUCCCGGUUUCAAAAAAGCAACAAAAAAAAAUCCACUUUCAUGUUGUACUGGUGUAGUGGACCAAUAUUUUUAUUUGUAUAUAUAUAUUUUGAUUACAGCGUCUUUCCUGUUGUCUUAAGCCUCAGUAUCAUAUGUAUCACUACUAACGUUGUAGUUUAGUCGGCUGAUUGUCAAGCCGUCAUUUUGCUCUUUGAUUUGGAAGCGGACAGAUGGACAGAAAGCGGUGCAUGGAAAUGACUUGUGUCAAUGAAGCGUGGGCGGACGCCUCCGCGCGAUUCCGGUUUUUCAGGGUUUCAGAUACGGCCGAUAGUCCUUUGACUGGCCACGAAAGCAGCAAUAUCGUGUUUUAUUUUGUAAAAUGGGGGGGGGGGGGUUCUCCUUUGUUCUCCUCGGUAACCACAUGAAAAGAAGGUUCUGGAAUGGAAUUCAGGGGCUGCGGGGAAUAUGGAAGUGCUGUUUGUAGAGAGGGGGAGGGGGCUUUACAGUGACUAUCCGAUGAGUUUAGUGUUCGGCUGGCCGGGUGCCGACCGAUUACCGGGCCACUAGCUGGCCGGUGACGGAGCCGUGUGACGCCGGUUUUAUCAGGGAUAGUCUCCGUGUGAUGGACUCCUCUGCUUUUAGCCCCUCCGCCUUUGUAACUCCCCAGUCAUGGUGGGACAUUUUAGGUCCGCAGAACUUUGCCGCUGUGAGCCGUUUUUUUUCCCUAAACUGUUUAGGCGAGCAGAAUAUCACUGAAACACUAAUCACGAUUCUGUUUUAUUUCCCACUACUGCUUUUGCAAUGAAUUUCCAGACAUUUUUGCUCUUUAUCUUUAAAAAGUUAAGUUGAUUUUUUUGAGAGAAACAUAUAAAAGGAGAUUAUUAUCAUUAUAAAUGUCCUGGGUUGUAUUAUGGGGGGGGGUAACCCAGUGCAACUCGGACCCGUGCACUGGGUCUGCUGCACACUGCAUUCACUGCACAGUUCUCUAUGUAUGCAACUAUUACUGUAAAACUGACUCUCUUCUUCUUAACAUUGUUUUCAUACAGCUGUACAGAUUUUGAAUAACAUGAACAUUAAAUGUGUAAGUCAAACUACAGUUGCUGCUUUUGUUACCUUGCAGUAUCGCUGACAUUUUCCCAACCUGAUUAUUAUGAAGUCAACAUUUUAACAAAGAUUUAGAAGAUCUAUUAAUUCUGCAUACCAAAUGAAAUGCUACCUGUAUCGAUGCUGAUUAUUAAAAAAAAACACUGACAGACUUAACAGUAAUGAAAUUGAUGUUUAUGCAAAUGCCACUAUCUAUUCAAAUUAAAUGUUAUUUAUUUUGAGAAUCAUCCCAUCAAAUAAAAUUCCGGGACUUGUACAAUGAUUUUAUUAAUGGUAGAUAAAAAUCUGAGGAGGAUUGUUAUGUUUGAAGAAAUAACCACAGCACACUUAUACUUUACAUACUGAGAAUGUGUACCUUUUCUAAACUGUACUCUUACAUCUGUUAUAUUUUAUAAUUUAGUUUGUGCCAUAAAAAAAAAACAAUUUCAGUA